CCAGGUGGGAGUAAAAGAGUGCUGAAGUAUGGCGGCGGAGCAGCAAAGAGGGAUCAGAGUCACUCAAGCAGAGCUUCUCUGCAAGGAUGCGUGUGGUUAUUAUGGUAACCCUGCAUGGCAGGGCUUUUGCUCCAAGUGCUGGCGAGAACGAACCCGCAAAGAAGAGGCUGUCAGGCAGGAGACUGGGUAAAGGUUUUAUUGUCAUUCAUAAAUAUUGGCUAAACAAGUCCACCAGAGACCGUUGUCUUUCGAUCUGGGAAAUAUUCAAAUGUUUCCUUUUUGUUGUUCCCUGCUGUCAGGCCCCACAAUGAUGCAGGUUCUCCCCUCACCUUUUCCAAAUUUGAAGAGAAGAAGAAUAUGGAGAAGGGUCGCAAAGUUAACACGAUGAGGAGGCUCUUCUGGGGUGGACCGUCCCCUCCUAAACGCCCAGGUGAUUCCCUCUGCACUUCCUCUCAGUUCAGUCAUUGAAAACGGUUAUGUCAUUUCCACAACUGUAUGAGUAUUUUAAUGUGCAUUACGCUAUAAUCUGAAGUGAUACUAAGCAAAAACAUGUUUAGCCAACGCCGUAAUAGCUGAUCUUAUGAGACCUCUUAUGCCCUUUUAGAGUCUUCAGAGGGCCAGGCGGCUACAUUAAAAGCCUAUCAGAGCAUUGAGCCAGGGGACUUUACCAGCUUCCUGAAGCUGCUGAGGAACCCAUCCUCUCAGCGUCUGCAGUCCCGUUGCACCGCUUUCCUCAACACCAUGGAGGCUUACCAUGUAAUGUGCUUCCUUCCUCUCUGUUAUCACCACUCUGUUAUCUCUGCAAUUACUUUUCUCUUUCAACUUCUGUUUUUACAGCCCUCUCAACUGCCUUUUCUAAUUGUCAAGUUUAGAUUCCUUACCUGCUUCUUGUGCUGCUUCUUUUCUUUUCUCCUGAUAUUUGAAGUUUGAAUAAAGCCUCUCACUUAUUUCAUGUUAUUGUUAUAUUUUCUUUCCUGCUGCAGGGCCUGCCAGUGCAGAAGCAAUCUGACCUUGUUCAAGACUUUUACCAGAACAUCGCUGUGCAUUUCAGUAGUGAGUAAUGAGGCCAUUUUGCUGUUUCUGAGCUGCUGUGUGGGUUCCCAUUUUAUGUUAAUUAUUGUGGGCCUAUAAUGUUUGUUCACUUAACAUGAAGACAAUAAUUUUGUUCGUUCUUGAAUAUCAGUCUCAUUACACAACGUAUUGCACUGAACACUUAGCAUACUGACUCUCUAGCCUAUUCCCCAACUUCACAUACUUGUUCACUGUGUCUGCUGUAUUGGUAGGUCUGUCAGAGGUUCAGGUCUCUCAGAUGAUGGAGCACAUUGAGAAGCUGAUCAUGACGCGUCUGCAUAAGUGGGUGUUCUGCCAUGACAGCUGUGACGAUGAAGUGAAAGACUUGGCACUCCAGAGGAGGAUACGGUCAGACUGCCAUUCAUAACCUUGUUUGCACAUAGUCUAACAUUAUUACCAAAACCCUUCCCCUGACCAUAGUCUAUCUAGCAUCACCAAGACCUAUCUUAGCAAUUUUAAUGACUAGUAUUGUGAUUCAACUUAGUUCACCAUUGUUUUUAAUUUCAAUUAAACUUUGACAGGUCCUUAAACUGGGUCACCCCCCACAUGCUGAGGGUGCCUUUCCCUGAUGAGAGGGCCGAGGUUGUCAGCGAUCCCUUUCUACCUGCUAUAACAGGUGACUUAUUUUGUUAAUGGAAGACAGUGUUCCUUUAUUUGGAUAAAAUAUGACACUAGCAACACUGAAAUGUAAUUAUGAAGAAAGCCAAAUGACUAAAUUAGUUUAACUAAAAAAUGUCUAGACCUUUUCAAAUUCCACCUGUGUACUAACUGUUACUCACAAUUCCCAGCCAUAAUCGAGAUGGAUGCCAAGCGAGCGCCACAGGACAAGCUUACAUGCAUAUGUAAGUGCAGUCAGAAUGUCUUCCAGGCUCUCUCCACUUCCAAUAGUGAGCCAGCAAAUGCUGACGACUUCCUGUCUGGCCUGAUUUACGUGGUACUAAAGGCCAACCCACCCCGGCUUCACUCCAACAUGCAGUAUGUGAUCCGCUUCGGCCUACCACACAGCCUGAUGGCAGGAGAGAGUGGCUACUACUUCACCAAUUUGGUGAGCUAAUAAUAUGUACAUGCGUACUGUACAUUAGUUGAUUGUACAUAGUCUUGAACGAUUUGUGCUGAGAUUACGACAGUCCGUUUUUGGUAAUUUUAUCAUUUUGUUCUAAUGUAGUGUUGCGCAGUGGCCUUCAUUGAGAAGCUGGAUGGACCAGCACUCAACCUUAGCCCAGAGGAGUUUGAGGGGUACAUGCAGGGUCGCCGUGCUCCCUCCAAGAGGGGCAGUGAGAGGCAAAAUAUGGCCAGGGAGACGCAAGACCAACUAGAGGACCUGAAGGGCCGACAGGAGAAGGUGGACCAAGGAAUGAACGCCCUCAAAGAGCAGUUACAGCAUUGGGUACAGUCAGUCCAGGCACAGAUAGAUGAGGUAACUUCUCAGUCUGCUCUGGCACAAGAAGAAAUUAAAGCCCAGUCAGAGUUAUUGCAAAGCCAUUCUCUCUCUAUUCUAACACAGGCAGAUGAUGUCAAAGACCAGUCAGUGCUGUUGCUAGAGGGUAAAGAGUCCAACAACAACACUUGUCUAACAGAGACUGAGUGUUAGUCAUAUUAAGACUGGGGUACAGUGGGCAACCUUUUGACCCUGGCUCUUCAUGCUUGUGUGAGCUUUGUGGGGUAAAUAUUGGUGUGUUGCAGGUGAUCGGCUAAACUAAAAUAAGUAUUUCUGUAGGACUAUAGGAAGCAGCUUAAUUGAUAACAACAGAGGAGGUACCAAAUAAUGGCACACAUUUUUGGUUCGGUGGGAUCCUCAAAGAAAAACAGACCUCAACAUUCCUUGAUGCCAACUUUGCACACCAAAAGCACAACCUGAUGGCAAAUGCCGAUCUUGAAACCAUUGUUAACACAAGCAAUUAUUUCUGCUAUUUGGUUUCACAGGUCACAAAGUGCUGUCAUCUGUUUACAUUCUUGACCUUGUUCAAUGUUUCUAAGGUUCUCUUAUUUGUUUGUACAUUACUCACUUUCUUAUCUAUGAGAAAUGUGCUCUUAUAUGCUGUCAGAGAAAAGCUAUGUCUUGCACCCUGAAGUUUGUUAAAUAUCAGGACAGUAGGACAAUAUUUUUUGUAAUCUAGCACUUACUGGGGUAGUGAGAAGACUUACUGUUGAUUGCUGCUAUCAUAUUUCUUAGAUUACUAAGUUAAGAUAAACCCAAGUGCCUAUGCAAAAUAUAGUAAUGAAGAUUGUGAAUAAAAUGUGAAACCUGUUAUUGUAGAACCCUGGAAAGUAGAGGUGGCUCAGUCAAAGUAAAAUACUUUAUUCGAAGGUUUGUGAUUAUGGAUUACCUCUUACUUUCCAAUAUUAGACUGUUGAAGGUACAGUUAACCUUGCAUAUACCUGUUCUUGUUUAAAAGCUGAUUGUUUUCCCAUGUAAUCAUUCUACUCAUUAAUAGCACUAACGUGAAUUACCUUGUUUACAUGUUUUAAAUUAAGUUUCCAAAGAUCAUGAAGAAAUAUUGUUAGUGAAUGUACAGCAGAACCUCUAAUUAAAAGAAAACAUAACAGAAG